AUGUCCAUCCGUUUGACUGUGCGACAAGUGCCAAGAUUUUUUGCUUUGCAGCAACCCAGCGCACCGGAUUCAGCAAUUUUGGAUGCCAUAUUUAUACCCUUGGCGGGCAGCUUGACAGAGAUGCGCGGUCAGAAGGCUAAUAUGCAUGUGCUUCGCGAAAUGCUGGAACUAUGUCAAAUCAUUGACUCAGAGGGUUACAAUGUCAAGGAUGAGCCGACAAUGCGUGUCAUACCCUUCGGCGAGCUCUUCAAUAUUUACAACUACAUCUCCGACAAGGUGGUUGGCAUUUUAUUGCGUGCGCGCAAGCAUAAACUAGUAGAUUUUGAAGGCGAGAUGCUCUUUCAACGUCGCGACGAUGACGUCCCGGUUUUCCUGCUCAAGCCGAUCGCUGAAAUACGUCAGGAAUUGCAAGCGAAGAUUGAGGAUAUUAAGCGCGGUGGCAGCCCAGCACCACAAGCGACAUCGGUGCUGUUAGACAAGAACGCACACAAGCAGAAGUUGUCGUCGCGCAGCUCCACGCCGUCAGCUUCACCAACACCCUCCAAGACAGCAACGCCAGCACAAUCGAAGGCUGCCUCGCCAGUGCCCUCAAAGGCAUCUUCUCCUGCGCCUUCAGAGAAAGUGCCUGCAGUAACAGCCGCAGCAGCACAGCAACAAACAGUGACUGAAGUGGUGGAGCCAAACAGCGAAGUUAUCCGGCUCGAUAGCGCACAGGAAUCCAGUAAGCCAGCCGAAAAAACCGAUGCUGCUGCUGCAGCGACGCCGGCUGUUGCCGCGCAAUCGGUCGAGCAGCCUGCGCUUGCCGCUGAAAAAGUGGAAGCACCUGUACAAACCAACCCUGCUGCUGAUAUACCCAAUCCGAACGCGAUUAAAAGCGCUGAAAUACCCACGAUUGUCGUUGAUGCCACUGCAGUGCAUACGCGUACAGUGCCGUCACUGGCCGAGAAUGCGUCGGCAGCUGCGUCGGCGGAGGCAAUAGAUGAAGCCGCCACUACCGCGGUUACAGAGCCGCCGACAAGCAACAACAACGCGGAAAAUCCCCAGGCUUAAUUUAUUAACAACAUUAUAGUUAUAUUAAACGAAUUGUUAAGCUAGUUGAAACAUGUAAAGGCUUCCCUAAAGUAGAGUUAGGUUAAAGCGGUGUACUUAUUGGCACAAAACGAAUGCAAUUGGCUAAUGCAAAACUUGAGCAUUAGGCGUAGUAUUAUGGAAUAUUGAUUGCGAAAAUGAUAGAGACGCAGCAACUGACGGCGGAAGUGGAGCUGAGAGAAUUCUCUGCGCAUUCGAGUUGUAAAAUUUUGUAGAUUUCUGAUCAUUUGCGAAAUGACAUUUGCCACAUAUGAAAUAAUAAUUUUAAUUUGUAAAUACAAUUUGCUGUAGUGCGGGUACUAAAACAGGAAAUUAUUCAUUGACUACAUUUUUAUCUCAAUAAAAUAGUAUACAUAGACGGAAAGUAA